AUGGUGGUGGGAAUGCUACUAAUCUUGUCAUUACCAAUCACGCGUUCAUCAGCACAACAAGAUAAUUCUUGUUGGACAGGGAUUAUACCUUGCUUAGAAACUGCUAAAGCUCAAUUUUAUGCACCAGUUGCGAUACAGCCAUGUUGUCCGCUACUGUCAGCCGCAGUAAACAAUCAACGGGCGUGCUUCUGUAAUUUCAAGGCUGAUCUAGUUUCACAGCAAGGCGACACUAUAAUGAAUGGUAUUCUGGGAACUUGCGGCAUUCCGGGUACUUUCGGUACACUAUGUCCUGAUAAUCCCUCUUCGACCUCGAGCGCCACUACAUCUACGCCUAGCGGAACCAUGUCAACCCCAAGCGGAAAUCCGUCAACCGGUAGUGGAUUGCCAGCCAAAUUUAUUGGUGUUAUUGUUGCAGUUGUUGUCGUUGUUGUUGUUGCUCUUCUUGUUCUAUUGUUUAUAUAUUGCCGCCGUUAG